UUCCGAGCAUGAGUAUUGAUCCUGACUCUUCACCUCACCCUUGCUCAUACAUCACCGGCAACUGGAAGACAGAAACACAUCACAAUCAACAUUCUUCUCAAUCAGACACAGCGAUCAUGAAGGUAGCAAUUACCGGAGCAGGCGGUUUUGUAGGCCAAUUGCUCGCUGAACAUCUCCUCAACGCCGACCACGAAGUAACCCUCAUCGACAUCUUCGAACCCCCCAUCCCUCAAAAAGCGUCUCCCAAAUCCUCAAAGGCAAGCUGCAUAAAAGCCGACCUCUACUCUGAUUCCGCCUCGGUGAUCCCUUCCGAUUUGGAUGCAAUCUUCAUAUUCCACGGUAUAAUGUCCGCAGGCAGCGAAGCGGAUUUCGACCUCGGAUACCGCGUAAAUCUACACAGCACAUUAAACCUACUGGAAACUUUGAGGCAGAAAACACCGGGUGUCAAAGUGGUGUAUGCGUCCUCCACAGCGAUAUAUGGAAACCCUCUUCCCCAAUGGCCGAGCGAAAAGACUUUACCCACACCUUCCAGCAGCUAUGGCACGCAAAAGACAAUGAUCGAAUACGCCAUCAAUGAUUUCAGCCGCAGAGGAUACAUCAAUGGAUUUAUUUUGAGAUUUCCGACCAUCAGUGUUAGGCCCGGGAAGCCUACUCAGGCGGCUAGUUCGUGGAUGUCUGGGAUGUUCAGGGAGCCGUUGCAAGGGUUGGAAAGUUCAUUGCCUUGUGCGGAUGAUUUUGAAGCUUGGUUGUGCUCGCCGCGCGUGCUGGUGGAGAAUCUGCUGCAUGUGCUUACGUUGGAGAGGGAGUGUAUGCCCUCUCACACGCGACAGAUCAAUCUUCCUGGUAUAACAGCUAGUGUCAAGGAGAUGUUGGAAGCUUUGAGGCAAGUUGGUGGAGAAAAAGCUGUGAGCUUGGUGAAGAGGGAGGAACCGAGUAAGGAGAUCAAGGAUAUGCUUGAUAGUUGGCCGAUCAGAUUUGAUGUUAGUAAGGCGUUGAGUUUGGGGUUCAAGAGGGAUGAGAAAUUUGUGGAUGCGGUGGAGGAUUUUGCUAAGAGUUUGAAGGAGUAGGGUGGUUGGAAGAGAAGGUGGCUCGUGGAUUUAGUGAGUGCUUUGUUAAUAUGAACAGGAAGUAUCGUUAUGCACAACCAAUUUCGAACAUCCGGAUCAUUUUGUCUAAGAGUCACGUUAAUGCGAAUGCCGGUCGAACGAAGAUGAAAG